GCGGGAUUGCACAUCACCUUUGUCGUUGCGACCGCAUGCGGGUGACCAUCCUUGCCGUCGCUGCCGCCGUUGCCACCUCUGCUUCCGUGCAGGUCCCAUCCGUAGAGGAUUUCGAAAAUGCCCUCCAUGAACACCGCAAGAUGUACAAAAGCGACGACGCGGAACCCCUCUCUCGAAGUGGCCGGGCUGUUCGUCAAGCCGCGCUGGCCAAGUCCGCUUCCAUUAUCUCAGAACACAAUGCGAACCCGCAUCGUUCCUACUCCAUGAAGUGGAACGCCAUGAGUGACCUGACGGACGCCGAAUACCUGGACCUCCUCCACACCACCCCCGAUGAAGUCCACAUACCGUCGCACCAUCGCGUACAACCAGAUUCAUUCCGCCGUCGCAUGCUUGCAUCCGACAAGUUUGCUGAUACGAUCGACUGGUCCACAAAGGACGGCGGCAAGUAUGUGACCCCUGUGAAGAAUCAAGGCACAUGCGGCAGUUGCUGGGCGUUCACUGGGGCCGCCGUAGUCGAGUCCAUGGCGGCCAUUCAGUCCAACACUCAAGCAAUCCCCUUGAGCGUGGAACAAAUCCUGAGCUGUUCACGAACGCUCCUGCAUAUUCAAAGUGCAUACCCUAACCGAAUGGUGAGCUCCGCGCGCGGCUGCGGUGGCGGCAUGACUUUCCUCGCGUACCAGUACCUCGAAAAGCUCAACCCACAUGGUCUCACCUGCGAACCGUUGCUCCCGUACCGCAUGAAGCUCUCGGCUGACGCGUACGAUGCUGCUCAGUGCAACGACGACCUGUCGCAAAACGUGUCGGCGGUGUGGGACGUGGGUGUGUCGUCGUAUGUCAGCAUCCAGAACGACGAAAGCGCCAUUGUGGAAGCUCUUCAAGAAGGCCCCGUCAGUGUGAGCAUCGACGCCAGUGGCUCCGGGUUUCGCCAUUAUGGAGGCGGCAUUUACGACGCGGCGGACUGCAAAUCGGACGGCGUCUUCGUGGAUCAUGCGGUGAUUCUCGUUGGAUAUGGCCGCGACGCAGCGACGGGGGAGCUGUACUGGAUCAUUCGAAACUCAUGGGGGAGCAUGUGGGGCGAAGCGGGAUACAUGAAGAUGCGGCGAUCUGGGAUCACGUCCAAGUCCGGUCCGUGCAACUUGUUCUUGUAUGCAUCACAGCCCAGGAGCGUUCGCCACGUGUCGAAUCCUGUGUGUGACCAGCUGGCCGAAGCGCCAGCGCCACCUGCGACCUUGGGCCUCAUGGCGUUUUGGCCAUCCAACCUCGAACAAGGGUCGCUGAUUUACGGCGUGUCGUCCGCGAUCGUCGUGCUAGGCGUACUCUUGCACUUUUACGGGGAAUAUCGACUGCAAGUGAAUUUCCCGCGGCAGACAUACGUCGAGAGCUUUAUGCGCCAUCAGCUGCCGACGCAAAGUCAAGUCCUCAUGCACAUGGCCCAGCGCAAAGCCAAGCAAGCCAUGGUGUAAUCCAAACAACCAUGAUGUAUACAUGCUCGUCUUGCGCAUGGGAUUGUCGACUGGGACUCUUGAAAUGUUA